AUGCCCGACUUCGGCGAAUACCCCCCCAACCUCCCCGUGCGCGACGCCCUCAUCCUCCGCGAAUCCCAAGCCCAAGCUCCGACCGCAAACCAUGCCGUCGUCCCCUACACCGGCGAAAAUCUUGCGCGCCCCUCCUACGGCCCGGCCAACCCCUUCCGCGACACAUCCUCGUCAUCGGCCAGCGCGUCAGGCUCGCUCAAACGCAAGAAUAAUGUUUUGACCGGUCAUGCGGAGGAGAUGUAUAUCUCUGAAGCCACGUUUCGGGCAAAACACAGGGCCGUGGAGGCGGUUGGGGGAGGCGUGAUGAGGAGUAAUCGAGAGAUGAAGGAGGUUAAUAAGAGAUUGAGGGAGAUGCGGGAGGAUAAGGGGAGCGCGACGAUUGCGGAUGGGGAGGGAGCUUAUAUCGGACCGUGGGCGAGGUAUAAGCGGAGGGAGGAAUACGAAGUUGUGGACAAGAAGGGGGAGGAGGAGGAUGGGGAUGAGUAUGAGGAGGUUGAGGUGACGGAUGAGGAAGAAGAAGUUAUUGAGAGUGGGACAGUGCUCAAGGCGCCUGAGCCUGCGAUUGCAAGACGCAAGGAGGCUGAGGAGAUGGGAGAGGAAAGGACGGAGUUUCUGGGCGAAAGCGAGUACGAUUAUUUGGGGCGGACGUACAUGCAUGUGCCACAGGAUUUGGAUGUCUCGCUCAACAAGGAGGUGGGCAGUAUCACAAAUUAUAUCCCCAAGAAGCUUAUUUAUACAUGGAGGCAUCACGGCGGGAAGCCGAUUACGGCUCUGCAGCUCUUCCCGAGGUCGAGUCAUCUUGGGUUGGCGGGGAGCGCGGAUGGCGUGGUCAAGAUCUUCGAUGUUUAUCGUGGGAGGGAGCUGUUGCGCUCGUAUAGCGGGCAUAAUAAGGCGAUUACGGAUCUUUCGUUCUGCAAUGAUGGAACCAAGUUCCUGUCGGGAGGGUUUGAUAGGAAGAUCAGGUUGUGGGAUACGGAAACUGGUCAGUGUGUCAACAGGUUUAAUAUUGGCAAGACACCUCAUGUCAUCAAGUUCAACCCGUCGAGUGAGAACGGGCACGAAUUCCUGGCUGGGUUGUCAGACAAGCGCAUUGUGCAGUAUGACACUCGCGCUGGCAAUGAUACGGUGCAAGAGUACGACCGUCAUCUUGGGCCGAUCAACACCAUCGAGUACAUCGAUGAGAACCGACGGUUCAUGUCGACGUCGGAUGACCGGUCGCUCAAGGUCUGGGAAUAUGGCAUUCCUGUCGAGAUCAAGACCAUCAGCGAACCGGACAUGUUCGCCCUCACUAAAUCCGCCCAACACCCCAACGGCAAGUACGUCCUCUACCAGUGCAGCGACAACUCCAUUGUCGCCUACUCCUGCAGCGGCGACAAGUUCCGGCAGCACCGCAAGAAGGCUUGGCGCGGGCAUAACACGGCCGGCAGCGCCAUCGGGCUUACAUGCAGCCCAGAUGGGCAGUUUGUUGCGUCUGGCGAUACCAGCGGCAGCGUCUGCUUCUGGGACUUCAAGACGUGCAAGCUGUACAGCAAGCUCACGGCUGAUAGUGCCGGCGGUAUUAUCAAUUGUGUUGCGUGGUCAGAGCAGGAGACUAGCAAGGUGUUUACGGCGGGGGCGAAGGGAGAGAUUAAGUUGUGGGAUUAG